GGUCUCCUACCUCCACCAUCUCCCUCUCUUCGUCUUCGUCUACCUCUUAUCUCGUACCCAGGUCUGCGACGGUGUCUACGCGCAGUUCUGAGUGUCGAAUGCAAACGACGAGUGAAAGGAUCAAGCAGUAAAAAAGAAAAACGAAAAUGAUGGUGGAUUUCGGACAUCUGCCGCGCAUCCUGCUCGCCAUGUUACUAGCGGUGGCGUUCGCCCGGGCUAGCUCAAUUGGUGCCCGCAGUCCGCAGGAUCCAGACGACGAUAAUGACGGUGAUGAAUCCGGGUCUCUUCACUUCUACACCCCGACGCCAUCUCUCGCGGCCGGCGCAGCCGCUCCUACUCAGACGGUAACGUUCACGCUCGGUGAGCUUCCUGAUACAAGCGUGUGUGGCCAAAGCACCAUUACCUGGAAUUACGUCGGGCCUACAUACUAUGUGAUGGCACUCUCCGUUAUGCCCUACUUUGUGAAGGACUCUUCUGACGACAUCCCCGUUGUGAUUGGGACAUUGAAUGGUGGCCUUGGUAUUGGGAAGUACACCUGGUCACCGGUUAACGUCUCCGAAGGACAAUACAAUUUAAAUAUCACCAUCCCAAAUCUUAGCAUAUCGUAUAUCUCGGAGCCAUUCUACGUCGCGAAUAGCUCUGAUCACUCCUGCCUGGUCGGUUCCUCAUCGACUACGCCUUCUCAACCAUCUUCCACCGGGUCCCCAUCAGCAAGUACAUCUGCUGGUGAUACUUCUGGCGGUGCAACAGAUGCUCCCGUCAUUGGUGCUGUCAGUGGUUCAUCCAUGUCUCGUGGAGGCAUUGCUGGUGUUGUGAUUGGAGUUCUGGUCUUCGUGGGUGCACUGGUCGCUAUCUUGCUAUUACUCUGGCGGCGCCGCGCGAGUAGAAUUAUGGGCGCCCCUCGAGGCGGCUUAUUUGAAAAGCGUCGUCCGAAAGGUGCCGUCUCAAUUGGUAGCAGGGGUGGAUCAUUUUCUUCCGCACAUGGUGUCCCUCCACGAGGUUUAGGAUCGACGUUUGGUACAUCGGCACACUAUAAUCUGAACGACCCUUCAAAUAGUGCACUUGGACAUGGUAUUUCUGAGGACGAUAUAGGAACGCAAUCGCUCUCUGGAGAGAAACCAUUAGCUCUUGCCCCCGCCGAACUUGGGAUGAUCCCUCCUGUCCACCGCAAGCCGCACGCAUACAGGGACUCCCUUGGCUCAGUGGCAACAAGCUCGACUACGGCAGCAGGCUCGCCAAUUAAUAAACACCUGCGACAUUCGGGCCCACUUUAUACGUCAGAUCCAUUCGCUUCCAGUCCACCCACGCCGAGGGUAUCAGGAGAUUAUCAAAGGUCAUUAGGUAACCAGAGUCAAGUACCCGUGGCUCUUUACCACCCUUCCUCUAUCGAAUCGACUCCACGCACGUAUGGAUCUCCUGGCGUGCCUCGCGAUAUCUCAAUUACGUCUUCCCUACCCGAUUUCGAUUUUGAACGGGAUGCUGCCUCGCCUUUCGCAGCUGCUGCUGCACCGGCAAUUUCACGCCGUGCACCUCCACCACCCCCGGUUUCAGCGCCAAGCGCCACACAACCUACACGGCGUUCAACACGUAAACCCGUGCCUGUUUACGAACCUUCCGUAGCAGGCGAAACGCUUGAGCUCGUUGAGCCGUCAACUCCACGUUCGACCGGAACAGCAUCGUCAUACUACAACAGCGGCACAGCACAACGGUCCAGUGUGUCUCUAGCACAGUCUUCGGGAGGGAAUGAUUGGUCUUCGGCUGCAGCUCAUUCGCACUCUCCGCCUUCUGGAGCCUCUCCGAUUAGCUCUGGUUCGUAUGGCUCGUACGGGAGCGGACAUUCGCUUGGUAGUUUGGGUCGUGGUGACUUGCCCGACCUGAACCACAAGUCAAGCUUUGGAGAACGUCAGAUGCACGUUAUCAUGCCGGACCCUCCACCACGCGAGAUGCAAUAAAUAAUCCAAUCAAGGCUAAACUGUAUAGACCUUCUGAUUGUUUGAUGAAAGUAGCUGGCCUGCGCUUCUCUUCACUCAAAUAUUCACAUCGGCUACUGGAUGUAAUGCUUUCUAGGGAUGGAGUUCUGUGUUAGUAUGUUGUUUACCCUUUUUCUAUUUUCGCAACUGUGUAUUAUUCCCCCGUCUUGCUGUCCAACAUUCUACUUGCUUUUAACGCUUCUUUUAUUGACUUGAUAGGACCUCUUCUCUCCCUCCUUCCUCCGCCUCUACCUCCAUUCUCCUCAGUACCACGCUCUUCUUGAUCCUUUUACCCUUCACCCUUAUUUUGCUGUUUACGUAUCGGAUACGCAAUUUUUUCUAUCUACCUCGCC